AUGUCGCCGCAGGACGGAGAAGAAGAGGCGGGUACAGUGUACUACAGCGUCAGAACGGGUGACUGUCCGUCCGGCUACGUCCACAACCGCCUCCUCAACUUCUGCUACCAGCUUCAUGCAGACCGGAAGAUGUACAACGAUGCUCUUGCUGACUGCAGGUCAAGAGACGAGCACCUUGCUGUUAUUGACAGAGAAGAAAAGCAGAACCACAUAGCCAAGCAGAUCCCGUCGUCGUCAGACACUAACAUUUGCAGUUAUUUCAUCGAUGGGUCGGAUGCUGUUAAGGAAGGGCAGUGGGUAUUUCAUGAUGGCCGGGAUGUGACGUACAAGCCCUGGGCUCGGGGAUUCCCCAAAAAUGAAACAGGCAGAAAUUACAUUGUGGCUAGGAAGCAUGAAAACUUUCGAUGGCAUAAUUCGGAUAUACAGUGGGAUGACAAGUGUUACAUAUGUGAAAGGGAUAUGCUGAAUACACCUCUGUAUUUGGGUCCUGUUACAUAG